AGGCUAUACUACAAUUUCAUAAUGCUUAGACGAUCAUCACUCUUGCUUUUGAGAAAACAGCCAAGACCGAUCAGGUUUUCGUUACAUCUAAAACACCAUGAAAAGCAUGUGGGAUUCCUCUGAAGCCUCGUCUCCGCUCUGACAACAGAUCAGUUGUCUGAUCAUCGGGUUAAAAGUCUUUCUGCAUUUAGAAAUAAGUUUCCUGUCCAGAGCAGACUCUUCCCAGGAGGGAUAGGACACCGCGCCCUGACGGCAAACAACCCGACUUUACUUUGCGCAAAACAGACAAAAUGCCAAAACACUUUGUGGAUGAGUAUCAACCUUUGCUUGUCAAAGAUUUCGAAGAUACACAGAGGAGAAGGCUUCCAAGCAGAUCACUGCUGCUGGCUGUGUGUGCAGCCUGCAUAGGGGGCACCUUCCAGUAUGGAUAUAAUAUAUCUGUCAUCAAUGCACCAACCUCAUAUGUGCACAAGUUCAUCAACCAAACAUGGAUGCAGCGUUACCAAAUGUACAUAUCAGAAGAUGUUCUCACCCUGCUUUGGUCCACUAUCGUAUCAAUAUUCACCUUGGGAGGACUUAUCGGAGCGUCUGUCGGUGGGACGUUAGCUGUGAAGCUGGGGAGGAAAGGGACACUGUUGGCCAAUAACAUAUUUUCACUGUCGGCUGCUGUGCUGAUGGGUCUGAGUCGGAUGACAGGGUUUUUUGAAUUACUCAUCAUUGGACGUUUUUUCACAGGAGUAAAUGCAGGUAUCAGUCUUUGUGUUCAGCCUCUGUAUUUGGGAGAAAUCGCGCCAACUGCCCUUCGUGGUGCCAUGGGAAUGGGAACCUCAAUUUUCAUCACUGGUGGGAUCUUGACAGGACAAGUGAUGGGUCUCAAAGAACUUCUGGGUAGAGAAGAGUACUGGCCUCUUCUGCUCUCUACUACAUGUAUCCCAGCAAUCCUGCAGCUUCUGAUCCUGCCCUGCUUCCCUGAAAGCCCACGCUACCUGCUUAUCGAUAAAGGAGAUGAUGAGGGAUGUCAAAAAGCCCUGAAGCAGCUGCACGGUACAGCUGACUUUGACAGCGAAAGGGAAGAUAUAGAGAAGGAGAAGAACAAUCUAGUUGGGUUCCAGACAAAGAAACCCUGGGAGCUUUUCACCGAUCGCAGUAUCCGUCGACAACUUCUCACCAUCAUGCUGCUCAAUAUGGCACAACAGCUAAAUGGCAUUAAUGCUAUUUAUUUUUAUGCAGGUUAUGUGUUCAAGCAAUCUGGCAUUCCUGUGGAUAAAAUACCAUAUGUGGCUGUUGGGACUGGUGCCUGUGAAUGCAUCACUGCUUUGACCUGUGGCAUGCUCAUUGACUGUCUGGGAAGGAAGGUGCUCAUCACAGGAGGAUACACCCUCAUGAGCAUCUGCUGCAUUUUAUUCACCCUAACACUCACAUUUCAGGAUUACAGUCCAGUAUUUCCAUACUUGAGCAUGGUGUGCGUUUUUGCUUUUAUCCUGAGUUUUGGCCUCGGACCAGGUGGUGUGACGAACAUCCUGACCACUGAACUAUUCACGCAGGCCACUCGUCCUGCAGCGUACAUGAUCGCAGGGACAGUGAACUGGUCCAGCUUCUUUUUCAUUGGCAUGGUUUUCCCCUUUAUCGUGAUUGGGCUGCAGCAGUACUGUUUCAUGGUGUUUCUGCUCGUCUGCACCACUGUGGUAACUUACAUUUACCUUUUUGUUCCUGAAACCAAGAACAAAACUUUUCUUGAGAUCCAGAAUGACUUCCAGUCAUCAAAGAGGAGAAAAGGACGCUCUGCUGACAGAGCAGGAACAAAUCUGUUGUCAACUUCCAUAUGAAAAAUAUCCUGUAACUCAGGGGUCAAGUAUUUUAAGCUGUUUUAAAUUUUUUUAAAAUAUUUUUGUCACUAACAUGAUAACUUUCUUUGAACACUAAAACCUCACAUCAGUGCAACAGGAUCACUUUACCAAAUGCAGCAUUGUAAUGAAUGAUACUGUAAUUCAUGGUGCCUCUGUUGAACUUCAGAGAUGUACAGGUCUGUGAUGAUAACAUAAUCACACAUUUUGUAUUUUUUAAUUUAACCAUACACACUGAAAUAAUUUCAAUAUUUGUUAUGCACAACUUUUGUAAAAGGUGCUACGAAAAGGUUUUUCAAUAAAGUUCAGCUUUUGAAAACCUUUAAUCAGUACA